ACCUGUGCGCAGGCGCAGUGCGGCCGGGCCGGGCGGGGAUGAGCGGCCGCAGCCUGGUGUUGGGCGGCGGGGCGCUGCUGGCGCUGGGCGCCGGCUGGGCGAGCUGGAUGGCGAUGGGCCCGAGCGAACAGCGCAAGAACGACAUCGCCAAGCACCUUCCUGAAUCGAAGCAAGCCCAGUGGGAGGAGAGCAGGCACAGGAACGCCCUGGUGAUGGAGGCCAUCAAGAAGUCAGCGGAGACGCAGAAGAACGUGGCUUCGGGGACAGACUGGAAGAAAGCCUUGCGGUCAGACCCCUGACCUGGGGGAACCAGAGGCACGACGGGUGGUCCAGGGUUGCCCUCGGGACCGCUGCAGAGCCAUAGAGCCGUACAGCACAGAAACAGGCCCUUCGGCCCAACUCAUCUGUGCUGACCGUCCUAUUGGCUGUUCCUGGGAACCCAUUCCUCCAGUUGGCCGACCAGAUGAACUGCGAAUAUUAAACCUCUCUCUGUACUUGA